GCUCCGUCGCCUCCUAGCCGUCGUACAGCCCUCCUCCUCCUCCUCUUCUUCUUCUUCUUCUUCUUCUUCUUCGUUUUUCUUCGCAGGAGGAGCUGACUUAAUGCGCAUAAUAAAUCAUCUCUGCAUGAUUCCGUCUCAACCCCAAUUUGAGCCUCGCGCGCGUUGGAUAAGAGAGCGUAAACAUAGGCGAUAGUCGAGCCUCUUUAACUGGGGUGGGUUUCAAAUGUGAUUCAGCGCAGCAAACAACGUGGGUGUUGUGUGUGUGUGUGUGUGUGUGUGUGUGAGUGAGUGUGUGUGUGUGUGUGUGUAUGUGUUUUUUUUUUUUUUUUUGGUGGGGAGUGGAGUAAAGGGAAGAGCAGCGAUAUGAGACGCGUGUGUUUAUGCCUCCUGCGCUCCCCGUUAUCUCUCACCGACCGGCUCAUUUUUUCACCUGUAUGAACGACCUUGCGAUUGUGACCGAAAUUUUCCUAACAAGGUUUCCAUGGAGGAUCGAUCUGUCGCUUUUUCCGCGAGGGCUGAAUUUGGUUGCUGCCGGUCGCAAGAUAUCUCAAGAUAAGAGGUAAGACAAUCAAAUAAUGAUGAGACAAAUAUUCAGCGAUUGAGCGCGUGCACAAAUACAGAAAUCUACAUUUUACACGCAGUGUUUAAAAAACAAUACAUAUAUUUUUCACUUGUGCCACCCUCACAUGUCGGCCUGUCUUGCUACUAUUCCGAAUUGGCAGUUCUAAGUACAAUGAAUUUGAUAAUUUUUUUCUGUGUAAGGCUGGAGCAACGUGACGUGCCCUCCCAACUGCAGCCAAUUCCUACACACCGAGUAGUCUCAUUCUGGAGGGGUAUGCACUCAGACACAGGCACACUUGAUAUAUAUUUUUUUUUUUAAUGAAGGCUUGUUAUGUAGCUCUUUAUUUGUCAAACUGCUGCAGACCUGCUGUUACAUUACUCACAUGGUGGUGUUAUAGCCUCUAAAAGCUCCUGCGGUUCCUACCUGGUGUGAUGCACAACACCGCAACCUGGAUUCACUUCACCUCACCCUCUAAAAUGUGUUGCUACAUGCACACACCAACACGUUUUACAGGGCCAAAUCAGCCUUGGGUGCAGAUUAAAACAAAUAUAGAUAUAUUCAAGUGUUCCUAAUGACCCUACAUCAAAGGUAUCAGACUGUAAAAAACACUUUCCACAAUCCUUGAGAAGUCUAGUGUCAAUAAUGGCUUCAUGGCCACUGAGAUACAGUUGGUGUAAAAGGUGCACACACACAUAUACACACACACCUUUUCUAUCCUGCAACAUUCACCAAGUAAUUGCAUACUGCUAUGCCACGAUGUCAGCUGGAAUAUCUGUGAUGAAUGCAGCUCAGGCCUUCAAAGUAAGUACACUCCCACUCUGCCAGCUGGGCUAUUUGUUCAACCAGCGUGUUACUUGGAUGCAGGCAGGGUGUGAUGGAGGUGGAAGAUACCAUGAUUGUUAUAUAUAUAUAUAUAUUUUUUUUUUUUGUUGGGGUUGUCAGUGAAGCUAGUGGUGUGUUGUUACAGGCAGGGACCCUCUUUGAUUGAGAAUGAUUCACCCUGUAAAGCUUCCUCACCGUCUUUUAUCACCGUCGUGGUAAGCACCGUUAUCCAUGGGAACGUGUGUGAUGUGUGUGUCUGUGCAUGUGGGUGGAUACCUACGUGCUUGUGUGCAAGUGUGAGUGCAUACGUGUGAAUAACUGAGUGAUCUGCUCUCUGUAAUACCACUGACACAUUUGUGUAAUUCACUAUUUUUCAUUUGUAAAUUAUUUAUUAAAUGUGCCCACAAAAAAGUGCCACAUUGCAUCAGCUGUUACAAAUUCCCAUCCCUGACACGAAAAAAAAAAAAAAACCAUUACAAAUGCAAACCAUAACAUGCAAAGUCGACAGUAGUGUAAUACCCUCUGUACCUUCCAAAACACCAAUCCUCAGUCCUGAGGUGCCAGCAGUUUGCAUCACUUGGGGCCUAUCACUGAGGUAUGGCAUGCAGGACGCUUCCAGAGAGGAAGCAUACCAAUCCAAUUUUGUCGACUUUGGGAAAAGAAAAAAGGACCUAGCAAACAUGAAAGGCAGAAAAGAACAUUCCUGGCAGAGACCCCACAUGUGUGAUUUGACAUCCAGGCAGCUGACAAACAAUUAGACCCUCAAUAAGUAGCGCUCUGAACCUGGCUCGCCCAGGGAUUAGGCCACAAAUGAGCUGCUCGUCGUGGCUUAUGUCUUCUAAAUGGAAAGUGUGUGUUUGUGUGUGUGUGUGUGUUUGUGUGUGUGUGUGUGUGUGUGUGUGUGUGUGUGUGUGUGUGUGUGUGUGUGUGUGUGUGUGUGUGUGUGUGUGUGGAGGCAGGGUAUUAUAUGUGUUGUACACAGUGUGAAAGUGAGUUUUGGUGUGUAGGUGUGUGUGGGUUGUGUGACAUUUAGCAGAUUUGUGUUAUUAUCUGUGUCUGCCCUUACUAUAUCUUAAACACCUCUUGAAGAAAUCUGUGUUUUGAGGGGGUUUGGCUGUUUGCAGAUCUGCUUAUUUUAUGCAUGCAGGUUCACACUGAUCCACACAAUUCUGCAUACGCUCUAAACACUUGUAUAUGUGUCAGUGUGUGUGUGUGUGUGUGUGUGUGUGUGUGUGUGUGUGUGUGUGUGUGUGUCAGUGUGUGUGUGUGUCAGUGUGUGUGUGUGUGUGUGUGUGUGUGUGUGUGUGUGUGUUCGUGUGCGAGACUGCUCGCUUGACUGUUGUGUUAUUGCUGGUUCUCUGUUGUGUGUAUGUUUGACAUUUCAUAAUUUCAUCAUUACUCGCUCGGUAUCCUCCUGCACGAAGUGGGUGCAUCGCAAUUUGCAACACAUGCUAGGAGCAGACAGACACUUGCCCUUGAUUAUGGACCUGGGUGAAAUGGCUGCCUCAUCAGGCUGUCUUGAUUCACCCCAGCAUGUGGGGAGACACAUGCUGCUGUGGGUGAAUCUAAUUGAUUGGAUGGCACCCAAUUCCCAGGUCCAAGUCUUCUUCAGGCAGCCAGAGUGAAUCCGUCCAAGUGAAGGAUGAGCUUAGGCGUUAGUUGCUCCCUUAAUAGAUUGGCAUGGGCUGCCUCCCAUAUGCCUCUGGUAUCACCCUCAGACAUCUCCGGGUGCAAGUUGGCCAAACAAUAGGGCACAAAGUGACACUGUCUGGAUCCUCUGAUUAGAUUUGUGAUAAUGGACGGAAGGAACUAGACUCCCCAUUUCACUUAGUUGUAAUCAUACUUCCACUACUAGUUUUGUAUGACUUCCUGUUAAAUGAUUAAAAGGCUUAAUGUGGAAAGCUGGAAAAAGCAAUGUUUUGAGUGUGCUGAGUUAGGUGUUUGACAACAAAAGUCUCUCUCCAAUAGGUCAAGACCCCCUCUCUUGGAGAACACCAGUGCCAUUUUAAAGCUUAUUGGAUGAAACUCUCAUUUGCCCUUGGCUGCCAAAGAUGACGUUGCCAUGGAAACAGCUUCUACUGUUAUCAAUCAUCGACUGUCUGGCAGAUUGCCUGGACAGUGGAUCGUAUCAUGGUCCAAGAUGGAGAAUGGAGCCAGGUGACUUGUUUAUUCCCGUCGACUCUAUAGAAGAGGAAGCUACUUUGACUUGUGAUGCUAAGGGAAUACCCCCACCUCAGUACAGAUGGUCAUUGAAUGGGACUCUCAUAAAUCUGGGCCUGGAUCGCCGGCGGCGUCUGUCUGGGGGCAACCUCAUUAUAAGCAGUCUGGACCGCUACCAGGAUGUAGGGAUGUACCAGUGUAUGGCGUUCAACGCUGUGGGAGCCAUCCUCAGCAGGAGAGCCAGUCUGCAGUUUGCCUACUUAGAUCAUUUCAAAGUCCACACCAGAAGCGCAGUGUCUGUGAGAGAGGGACAGGGAGUGGUGUUACUUUGUGGAACGCCCACUUCCUCAGGAGAUCUCACAUAUGCAUGGGUCUUCAAUGAGUACCCAUACUUUGUUCAACAAGACAAUCGCCGCUUCGUCUCUCAGCAGACGGGAAACCUUUAUAUUGCCAAGGUGGAGCCCUCUGAUGUGGGUAACUACACCUGUGUGGUGAUGAACAGCAUCACAAAGGGCAAAGUCCAAAGCUCUCCCACGUCUCUGAUCCUCCGGACAGAUGGAGUGAUGGGUGAAUACGAGCCGAAAAUAGAAGUUAAUUUCCCAGACAAUGUACCCGCUGCAAAAGGAUCAACAGUUACGCUGGAAUGUUUCGCCCUUGGGAACCCCGUCCCAGAAAUCACCUGGAAGAGAGCUAACGGCGUUCCCUUCCCCAGCAAAGUGAAAAUGAAGUACUCCAAUGCUGUUCUGGAGAUCCCUAGUUUCCAGCAGGAUGACACUGGAGGAUAUGAGUGUGUGGCUGAGAACAAGAUGGGCAAGAACACAGCCACGGGGAGACUGGCCUUCUAUGCCAAGCCUCAGUGGAUCCAGGCCAUGAAGGACACGGCACUGGCCAUAGAGGAGCGACUGUACUGGGAGUGCCGGGCCAAUGGGAAGCCCAAACCCUCCUACACGUGGCUGAAGAACGGCCAACAGCUACUCUCAGAGGACAGAAUCCAUGUGGAGGAUGGAGUCCUGACGGUGUCAGUGCUGACACUCGCUGACGCCGGCAUGUACCAGUGUGUGGCCGAGAAUAAACACGGCGUUAUAUAUUUCGCUGCCGAACUAAUGGUUUUAGCCUCUCCUCCAGACUUCACAGGGAACGUCCUCAGAGCUUUGCUCAAAGCCAAGGCAGGAACUACAGUGACUUUAGAGUGUAAACCCCAGGCCUAUCCUAUCGCCAGCAUCCUAUGGAAGAAAGGAAACCUGCCUAUCCACACCAAUGACAGGAUCUCACUUUCCCCCGAUGGAACACUGAGGCUUGCCAACGUGAGCAAGUCUGAUGCAGGCAGCUAUACGUGCUUCGCCCGGAAUAGAUUUGGCAUGUCUAGUACAACUGGAAGGCUCCUAGUAACUGAUCCAACCAGAAUCAUCCAGGGGCCAGUGGACAUGGAGAUCAUUGUGGGCGAGAGCAUCGUGUUACCCUGUCAGGUCACCAGUGACCCCGUCCUUGACGUUUCAUUCUCCUGGGCCUUCAACGGACAGCUCAUUGCCAAGGGAGACGGUCACUUUGAGCUGGUGGGCGGGAGAACAGCAGGAGAUCUGAUGAUCAGGAACAUUCAGCUUUACCAUGCCGGCAAAUAUAUCUGUGUGGUGGACACGGACGUGGAGAGCCUGUCGGCCGUGGCUGUACUGAUCGUUAAAGGCCCCCCCAGCCCCCCAGACUCUGUGACAGUUGAGGAGGUGACAGACAGUACAGCCCAGCUCGCGUGGAGCCCCGGCAGAGACAACGGCAGCCCCAUCACCAAUUACCUCAUCCAGACCAGGACUCCCUUCACUGUGGGCUGGCAGAGGGUUAACACAGUCCCUGAGAUAAUCGAUGGAAACACAGUCACAGCCACUAUAGUGGACCUUAAUGCCUGGGUGGAGUAUGAGUUUCGGGUGUUGGCCAGAAACAGUGUGGGUGUUGGAGAACCCAGCCCUGUGUCAGUCAAGACGAGGACAGAGGACGCAGUUCCUGAUGCAGCGCCAGGUGACGUGGGUGGAGGAGGUGGAAGCAGAUCUGAGCUGGUCAUCACAUGGGAGCCUGUCCCCGAAGAACUACAGAAUGGUGAGAGCUUUGGUUACAUCAUUGCUUUCCGCGCCUUUGGAGAUGUAAGCUGGACUCACGUGGCCACCUCUGCGCCCGGUGCGGCUCGCUACGUGUACCGCAACGACAGCAUUGCGCCCUUCUCUCCGUUUCAUGUGAAGGUUGGGACUUACAACAGCAAAGGACAGGGUCCCUUUAGCCCCGUGGUCACCAUCUACUCUGCAGAGAUAGAGCCAAGUGGGAUGCCAGCGGGAGUUUGGGCCAGAAGUGUCUCAGCCUCAGAGAUUGAGGUGAAUUGGCAGGCUCUCUCCUUCACCCCUGAAAGGGUUCUGGGCUAUGAGGUGGUGUACUGGGAAGACGACACUAAACCUGAGACCAUGGGGAAGGUUAGGGUGCCCUGGAACCAGACGUCGGUCACAGUGAGCGGCUUGGCGGGAACCACGCAGUACUUUCUGACAGUCAGUGCCUUCAACACAGCUGGCACCGGCCCCUUCCUCCCCGCAAUCAAUGUCACCACCAAAAAGCCACCCCCAGCGCAGCCCCCACUGAAUGUAGAAUGGACCCUUGUUGGUUCUCAGCUUUCUCUCUUCUGGGAGCCUGUGGUGGCGAUGGAAUCUGAGUCAGAAGUUACAGGAUACCAAUUGUCAUACAGGAGACAGAGACACAAUGAGGUGAACACUCUCAAAACAGCCAACUCAACAGCGGAGCUGACUCUCCCUGAGGAAGAUGACGAGUACAUCAUCCACAUUCGGACGCUGAGUGAAGGAGGGCUCGGCCCGGCCUCUGAUCCUAUACGAAUCCACCAACUAAGUAUGAGUGCCCGUGGAUCAAGAGCCUGGAGCGUGGACAUCUGCCCCCUCUCCAUUUUCCUUGCCGUCGCAAUAUCAGCAUUCAGGUCAACGUCGUGACACAAUGAGAAACUGUUUUUCAACCUUCUUAUUGGUAUUUUUUCUUGAAUUGGUGAAAGUUGCUGAUUUGUUUUCUUUCCAGUUUUCUUUUGGGAGGCGAUAAUAUAGUAUUUGAAGGUGUAAGUUUGCGGGUAUGAGGCAGCACAAGUGUGGAGCGUGCUGUCAGACCUUAUUAUUAACGGUAAACGCUUGAGCUUUUUUUUUUUUUCUUUUUUUAAUAGUUCUGUUUUGACAUAUCUGCCGGUUGGGAACGAUGCUCCAUUUCAGCCCUUUUUUUUCGAAUGAUACAGAUGCCUUACUUCCAUUCAUGUGCCAAAGUAGUUUCAGCCUUCUUGUUGUAAUUGCAAAUAGCUACAUGCUUUCUUCAUCAUUUUAUUCCUCACAGUUUCUUAUCAGUGAAUGUCUCAGAGAAUCUUGCAGAGGGUGAAGUUAAGAAGUUGUAUUUUGGAAUAUUUCUCCUUUUUUUCCUCUCCACGUCUGAUUUGGCGAGUCGGAACAUGUUCAUUCACCCGUGCCUGUGCCUUUGAAGAUGCUUGUAACGCCAUCACUUAUAGACACUAGUCCAUGAUACUUGGUGUUUCAGAAAAUACUGCAGCCAACUUUCUUCUUUAUGUGUUUCUUUAAUAGUUGGUUGUAUCCAAGUAGAGACUCGUAACAAAAAAAAAAAAAAAGCUCACAGUGCCAGUGUUUGCCACUUUUAUCUUUUGAUAGUGGAGAGCUGAAUGUACCAUGAGGGCUCCUACAGCUUUUUAGGCCUCAGACUGGUUAUUGUGAUAGGCUGUUGAUUGAUAGAUCUGACUUUACACUGCAUUCACACUGCUGGCAUCUGUCUGCACACAGCAGUAGUGGGAGAGUAAUACAACUGAGAGUAUUUCUUUCAACACAAUAUUCUUGAACCAUCAAUCGACAGAAAAUAAUACAACAACAAAUUAAGUCAAUAAUCAAGGGGCAAAAACAUUCUCAACAAGGUGGAUGUUUUGCAUGUUAUUGUCACUAAUCAAUUUGCCUCCAAAGAAUCCCAUUCAUACAUCUUACCACUGCCACAUCCCCACAGACUAACGAUAUCAGUUAUUCAGUUUCCUCUGUUACUUGUUUUAUCUCGCCUUUCCUAUGGCAUGAAAUAUAAAGUACAGUUUGAUAAUAAGGUCGCAAACCACUUUCAUAUCUGUGCAUUCAUCCUGGAGCAGGUUUCAGGAGUCAGUGCUUUGCAUUAAAAGACCGGAAGCAGGUAAUCUAGCUAGUCUGACUCUGUCUAGAAGUUCACAAAUGGAUCAACAGUCAUCUUUAAAAUCAAUAUUCAAUACUCGCAUCUUGUUUCUUUGAUCUGUAAGUCGCCAUUAUACUUCAUCAGAAGUGUGUGUUGGGUGGUCAAACUGCUUCGGUUUAACUAUUUUUGUAACUUUCCUAAAAAAGACAAUCAGACCAUCACAGCCAGUUUAAGCCAUGAUUGUUGGACAGGUGUGUUGAUGUGAGAGAGUUAACAGGGUUUUAACCACCUCCUUAUGCUCACUCAUUUAUUUCUUACAUAAGCAUAGUUUAAUAAUACCUUUCAUUGAUAACCUUCUGUUGUGGCCUCUGGAAUCGUCUAAAAAUCUCACCGUCCAAUAUCAUCUUAGUCUACAAACUGCUUAUUUUUACCUUAACCUGGUCCUAAUUCUUCUCGGUUGAUGCACAGACAUGAGACAAGUCAGAUCCUAGUGGAAAAUAAAGUGGAAAAUAGCAGUUUAAUCUUUGAUUUCAGUCAUUUUUAGCCGUUGGAAACGAUAGUCUGACAACAUAAAGUGGGCUCAAGGUUCAUUUACUAGCUGAAGUCUGAGCUUUCAACCUCAUCAGCAUCAGUAAAUUGAGUUUGUAAUGGAUAUCAAUGUUUCAUACUUUACUCUCAACAACUCCAACACAACUGUGUGUGCAAACAUCAUAACCCGAUGAAAAAUGGAAAGAUAAUCAGAAUCAGAAUGUUGAAUUCAGAUUGUGUCGAGAUUUCUUUUGGCCAAGCAAUUUAUAAGUGUGUGCAUAUUUUUUAUAAUAGCAAAUAAAGAGGAGUGUGACAAAUGUCAUGUUAUCUGUCCGAUUACCAAACAACAACAUGCCAUCCAAUAAGAAUCAAGAAUUCUCUUUGACAUCGUAUAUUAUCUUUUGUUUGUUUUUUAGCAGUUGUUGGUUAGAUUGAAAAAAGACACUCUAAUAGAAAAAAAUCGAAAUUUUCUCCAUUUGAAUUGCUAGAUCGACUUGUAAUGAUUAUUGGCAGUUUCAGCCUACAUCCAUCUGAGCAACACCCGAGUUAAUGUGCAUCAUCAGCCAUUGCAGUCGAGACAAGAGGCUUAAAGCGUUGCCAAUUGUGCCAGUCGGAUAAUUGAAAUUUAGCCACCAGCUUAGACAUUAUUUGGCAAAAUGUUGGGUCAGCUGUGUUUUAAUACUUUGUGAAUCUGUCCUUUCUUGUCAGUUGUAUUGGCUUUUCUUAUGUGCUAUGUGUUGUCAUUGUUCAUUGUUUAUUUAUGUAUUUCAGUGAAACCCCACUGCUCAGGUAUUCAGACCUGCUUCACUCUACUGUUCGAUAGCCCUACAGAGGUCGGAGCAGAUAGACCACAAAUCUGUCGGUGCACGCCCUAAAGGUCUAUUUAACCGUCUGACUUGACGAAUAGAAAGCCUGAAAUGUGCCAUGAUUAAGCAGACAUUAAAAUAUCUUAGUAAAUUAGAGGUAGCCUGAGGGGCUUCUAUGGGAAAGGGCAUAGGAGUAAUGGUACUAAUGACGCCCACCCAAGACUAAUACAUCAGGAUUUAGGAAAGACUAAAUCAGGACAAUGUCAUCGAGAUGAAACCAGGCAGAUUUAAGGAUGUGUGUGUGUGCACACGUGUGGUGUGUCAUAGAAAACUGUCUUCAACGGGAUGAUUCUGCUAUUUAGGGGGGAAAAAAAGCUUAAAUGCAUUUUUUGUAAUUGAACAUGUUCAGGGCUUUGAGUUUCUAACCAUGUUCAGACAUUGAAAGGAGUUACACAAGGUUAAUAUUGCUGGUAGAUAAAAGAAGUUUGGGUUAAAAUGCCUUUUUUCUAGGAAAUUAUCAUAGAUUGCAAGUGCAAAGGAAACAGAGGACAAAAGCUCCAGAAUCCAAGGCCAGGUCAGGUGCACUUUGCAGGGUACAGUUUGCAUCAGAUAAAAGGUUGUCCUUCACGAAAUGUUAAUAACUGUCUGAAAGCAGUCUUUGAAUCUUGUUUUUGUGGCUUUACUUGUGGUUAAUCUGUAUUCAUUCUUUCAUCACAGAAUGUCAUUGUUAAGCUAACAAAUGUUUACACGGGAAACGCAUCUUUCUGGCUGAUUUAUCUAUUUCAUGAACGGAAAAAAGACUACAUUACAACAGGCUUUUUGUGUCUUUGGUACAUAGAAGCAUUGCCAACCUCUUUGUUUUGUAAUGUAUCAGUACUGUGGAGAAUUUGAAUUGAUUUUUUUCCUUUUUUUAAUGUUUGAUAUGAAUCCUGAUUGUUUAUUUUAAUUUUUCUCUGCUGCACAAAGGUCAAGUGUUGCUUUAAAAUAAUGCUCAAGAGCCAGUGUUGGCCAAUCAAAAAGCCAGUACAGUGAGAUCUAUCAUGCCUUCAUACAGUAUUCUGUACAUACUGUGUGUAUUUUGUUGUGAUUUGAAGCAACACCUGCGACUGGGAGACCGAACUGUGGUGUCCUACUUCCCAAUUGUAAUUCUCAGUCAAACCCAGAAUCUGAAAAAUACAUGAGCAGAGAGCAACAUUUCUUAGCAGCUGCUAUCACACACAGCCUUUUGGUGCAGUGACACAAACACUACCUGUUACAAGGUAGUCAGCCAAUGCACAGUAGAUUAUACAAGUGCUACUAUCUACUAGUACUCUUUGUCUUUUUUACCAAUUCAACUUUACAAUUUUCUUGCUACUUUCAAGCUAAGAAAAGGCAGAAUCAAUCAGAAAUGAAUACAAAAAUUUAAAGAUUCUAUUACGAUUGAUAAAGAAAUACAAUUGGGCUCUGGGUGACAACGCUUGGCCUUUCUGUUGUGACUCCUCAGUAUUUUGAUGUCCGGGUGAUCUCUGUGAGAUCGUGGCAGUAAUGUUUUCACAUUGAAAAGUCAUCAGCUGAUCUUGAAAUGCUGAAGCUGUGCAUGUAUGAUAUUGUUUGGUGCAUUUGUGUUUUCUAAAUGAGGGACUUAAUAAAAACAAUUCACUGAG